AUGUCGCGCUUCCUCACAACAACACUCGCCGCGCUUGCCGUCGCCCCCCUCGCCAUGGGCCACACCUGGAUUGAGCAACUUCGCAACGUCAAUGAUAAAGGCGAGUAUGUGGGCGAGUAUGGCUAUCCGCGCGGUAUGGUGUCAAAGACAGACAAAGGCUACACCGGUGAUUCCAUGAACUGGCUGCUGCCGGUCCAACCCAAGGUCUUCAUCGACGAGACCUCACCGCUGUGUCACACUUCACAGACCAAGCAAGAGCAAUCGUCAGACAAUUAUCCUCGCCUGCAAUCCGUGCCUGGUGGCUUUGUCGCCAUGCGUUACAUGGAGAACGGUCACGUCACUAUGGUCGACCCAGCGACCGGUCUCGGCAAGCCCGAAAAGGGCGGUACAGUCUUCGUCUACGGCACUACUAAUCCCACAGAGGAUGAGAAGCUUGUCAACGUCCUCCGCUGGACCCAGGAUGGCUCAGGUGGCGACAAGCGCGGUGCGCUGCUCGCCACAAACGACUUUGAUGACGGCCGUUGCUACGAGGUGAAUGCCACACCUACUUCAGAAGAACGCCGAGUUUCCGACCCCAACUUUGCCAUGGGUCAGGUUUCUGAUGGCCCGGGCAACUACCCGCUCUUCUGCGAGACCAACGUCCAGCUUCCCAAAGACGUCACCGAGGGCAAGCCAUACACGCUGUACUGGGUCUGGCAAUGGAACACCGCACCUAACGUCGACCCUGGCCUGCCAGCUGGCAAAGACCAGUACUACACCACCUGUAUGGACGUUGACGUGGCCUCUGCAGACACUGCACUCACAGCUGACGCCGAGUCCAAGUACGCUCUUGGUCCUCAGCAGGACGCCAUGUCUAUCGCUGUGUCUGAUUUCGCGUCGCGCACUGCCAUCAUGACCAACGCGCUGCAAGGCGAAGUUGGUCCCAUCUUCUCAGGCUCAGCAACCGCUACCGGUGGCGCACCUGCCGCUUCUGGCAACUCAUCUUCGUCGGCGACAGCAACGGCAACAGCGACGGCAACUGCUCCAGCUCUCACUCAGAUCACCAACAUCCCCACAAUGACCACACGACCCAGUACUUCACCAAAGCCAACCUCCGGCUCAGGCGAUGCUGUGACUGUCACAGAUAUUGUGUACGUAACGGUCACAGCAUCUGGCAGCUCCGGCUCCAAGGCUUCGGCAACGGCCUCAGCACCAUUGGGUGGCUUCUCAGCGCCCGCCAAGCAUGUCGUCCGCCACAAGAACGGUGCCAGGUUCCGGGGUAUGUUUGCAAACUGA